AUGGAUAGAUUAUAUGAAAUUGAAACAAAAAAUGAUAAAUAUGUAGACCAAUUUAAAUUGCAUGUAAUAUAUAAUAAGGAUAUCCUUGGAAUCAAAGAUUUGGAUAUGAUAUUGGAGACGGAAAAUCCACCAUCAUCUAAAAUAAUCAAAAUUCCACCAUCAACUAAAAUACUCGGACAACCACUCGAACCAAUAGAAUCGAGCAGUCACGAGUUAUUACGAACAACAGACUUUGAAUACGUAAAACUGUUUUUUGUUUUAGGUAGAAAAUACACCUCGAUCGAUGUUCAUAAAAGUCAACAAGAAAGAGAGUUUAUAGUAUUUUUAUCGUAUGGCGAAGACUUCGAGCUGAAAGGAAAAAUAAUUUUAAUGAAAGACAAUUUCCAAGAAAUAAAAAGAUCGACAGUUGGCAGAGGAGGAACUGAUCUACUUAAAAAGAUAAAUGAAUACGAAGGUGAAAAUUGUUACAUAUCUACAGAUGGUCACUGUUUUAUCAAAUGCGUCAAUCGUGUUUUGAACAAAGAUUUAACGUGUAAAUUUCAAGAAUACAUCAACGGGUUUUCAAAAGCAAAUAGAAAAGGGGUGAUGACUUGUGCUAGAAUGAAGGAAUUCACCAAGAAAUUUAACACUUCGUUUCAAAUUUAUAAUCCCAAAAACAGACAUUUUCACCCCAGAGACGUACAUGAUGAAUUAGAUUGGUUUUUUUACUUACACAACUCGCAUUUCUGUUUGAUUAGAAGAAGCCAAAAAAAUUUGGGAAUUCAAGAAAUAGAAGACAAUUACGAACAGGUGUGGAAAACGUGUAGAGACGAUAACGCAGUAACACAGGUUUCACCUCUCAAACUAAACGUGCUUUCAAGUAUGAGUGAUGAUGCGUUAUUCGCUUGGGAUUGCGAAACGUAUUCAGAAAAAGACACGCGAAGAGCAAUUCCUUAUGCCUGCACUUUAAUUAAGUUAGAAAAACUAAGAAAAAAGUUAGAAAAAGAUAUCUUUCUUACUGAUAAUGUUCCAGAAGAAUUUUAUGAUAAACUAAUGAAUGUAGUAGAAAUAUUUGUAGGUACAGAUUGUAUAGAUCAAAUGUUGAAAUAUUUAGGUCAGUAUGAUAGAAAGAGAUUAAUAUUAAUUUCUCAUAACGGCAGUGGAUUCGACAACUGGAUCGUGCUUAAAAAUACAAAAAAACUAACACAUUGCCCUUUAAAAACACCCAGAGGAAUUCUAUCUUUUCCUUUAUCUAAUCCAUACACAGAUGAAGAUUUACAGAAAAAAUGGAAAAGACAGAAAGAAAUAAAGGGUAAUUAUUUACAACAUAUUAAUUUCACAUGUUCCUAUCAACAUGAAAAAUCUAGUUUGGCUGCAUGGGGAAAUUCUUCCAAUCUUCCCGCGAAUUUGAGAAAGAUUGCCGACGUAGAUAUCGCUAAAUACACGCAAGACAACUGGGAGGAAUUGAGACACGAAUGGGAACCUUACGCCAAGAGAGACACUCUCUGUUUGGGAGCUUGUUUGAUAAAAUACAACCAAGUCAUGAAAGAAGUUGUAAACCAGAAUAUGUCCAAUAAUCUAACGGCUCCAUCUUUAAAGGGUUGGUAUUAUUUAUAUCAUUACGAUAAAGAAAUGGUUGAAGAAGAAUGGUAUGAAACUACUAGAAUGGUUGUGAAACAUACCGAAAAAGAAAACGUAGAAAAAGUUUAUUCGCACACUAAUCCUUUUAUAAGAAAUUUUAUCAGACGAUCUAUUAAAGGAGGAAGAGUUUCGGCAAAUAGAAAAUCAUUUGAAACGAACAAAAUGGAUGAAAUUUGUAACGUAUUAAAGGAAUAUAUUUCACAAAGUGACACAGAACUUGAAAGUAAUAACAUAAUCGAUUUAUACAAAGAAUACAGCGCAAGCACAAAAGACAAAACGGAGGUUCAUUCGAGACUUAAAAAAAUAGAAUGUACUAAACUAAUGGCAUUUGAUGCUAACGGUUUAUACGCUUCUGCCAUGUCGGAUUUAGACAGUGAAUAUCCGAGAGCGGAAAGUGGAAGACCGUUUCUACCAGAAGAAGAAAAAGAAUUUGUAAAACUCUUCAAUAAACAAAAAUUCAGACCUAGAACAGCUAUUUUAACAGUGUGGUUUGACUAUCCCAAAAACAUGUUCUUACAACCGAUACCAGCUAAAGAUAAAAUCACUUUCACGAAUAAAGAAGGUAAAAAGGAAACUGGUAACAAAAUCAGGUUCAGAAAUGGUUUCUGUCACGACGUUUUAACAUCGGUCGAUAUUCAAGAAAUAGUGAAAGCCGGUGGACGAAUUAUUAGAAUAUUAGAUGGUAUAGUUUACGAAGAAAAUUUUAAAACUCCACCCUAUAGAGAUUAUAUUUUAAUUUUGAGAGAUCUAAGAAAUAAAUAUAAACGAGAAGGUAAUAUCGUGGAUAGUAAUUGCAUGAAAUUAUUAGGUAAUUCCUUGUAUGGUAAAUCAAUUCAGAAAGAUAUUGACAUUUAUGGAAUGAAGCAACUUUACAGGCCAACUUUGAUUCACGUGUUAAAACCUAUGAGAAAAUUAAUGAUACCCAAUAUAUUGUUGAAACAGAAAUUGGAGAAAAAGAUUACUACCGAAGAUAGUAAAUCUACACGACUAACACCUAGUCAUUUGGGAUCAUUCGUUUUAUCUCACAGUAAAAAAAGAAUGAACAAUUUCAUUCACGUCAUAAAUGGAUUUUAUAAACCCGAAAUAUACUAUACCGACACCGAUAGUUUGUACAUUUCAUCCAACAAUUGGAAAAAACUAAACAGAGCCGGUUUGGUCUCCGAAAAAGACUAUUGCAAAGGUAAAAACGAUUACGGUGACGGUGGAAUUAUAUUUGGUUUAUAUUUAGCACCAAAAGUCAAAUACAACAUCGUUUUGACUUCUGAUGGUGUUUUAAAAGAAGAGAAAACGUUUAAAGGUUAUUCCAAUGAUAAGAUAAGUGUAGAAGAUUACGUUCAGUUAGCAAGCGGACAUGAUGUAUCGAACGAAUUUAAGAAACAAUGGGAAAAAAGUUUCACCAAUGGAGUAGUUAUUCCAAAUGAUAAACAAACUAAAGCUUUUAGAAGUUUUUUGAAUAAUGUUAAAAGAAAACCACCAAACAGUGAAGGAAUUAUGUAUCCUUACGACGACAAAGAUGAGUAUAGUUUUGACGAAAACUAUGAAUUUGAUGAUUUCGAUUAUCUUACUAUUCAAGAAGAGAAUGAAGAUUGUUUUAAAUGA